ACCCAACCCCUCCCCAGCUGUAGCUAGCUGUCCCAAUCUCCCAUGUGACCGUCCCCUCCGAAACCUCUGGGCCUAAAAAAGAGAAGCCAAAAAUAAUCAAACUCAUACAAAUGAUGAAAAGAAAGGAAGGAGAACAAACAAUGCACGGAGACAGAGAGAACCACCGCCACCACCAGUCCACCACCAACGUCAGACUCUAAGUGUAAUCAUUUGACAAGAGCUAGCUGCGGUUCACAAGCACAAGCACAAGCAAGCUUCAGCUGAAGUAGCAGCAGUAUCAGCAGAAGCAAAAGCAGAAUAGCGUUGUUAUUGGGGUGGUCGUCGUUUGUGUUGCUUACGUUGUUGUCGCUCUCAUCUCUAGCUAACAUCAUAUAUCCCAAGAAUUGUGUUUGUGUUGUGUAUAAGAACGUUUUGUAGGGUUGGUUGGUUGGUGUCUGUUUGGGUUUUCUUUCAUUUGGUUUCUGUCUACACCUUUUCGUCAUCUCUUUCUUCCUCUCUUUCCCUUUAAAUUGUGUUUGUUGUAUAGAUUGAAUUAAUGGCACAGUUGCCUCCCAAAAUCCCAAACAUGGCACCCAACUGGCCUAAUUUUCCUCACCAGAAGAUGCCCGGCAUGGGCAGCUUGACGCACAGCACCAUCCAACAGCCCUCUUGGGUUGACGAAUUCCUAGACUUCUCGUCGGCGAAGCGUGGAGCUCACCGGAGGUCUGCCAGCGACUCAAUUACCUUCCUUGAAGCUCCCAUGAUUGAAGAAUGUCGCAAUUCUCCGUCCUCAUUGAAGCCUGGCAGUAAUGAGUUCGAGAGGCUGGACGACGAGCAGCUCAUGUCUAUGUUUUCUGACGACAUAUCCGGGAAUGUACCUCCGACGGGGUCGUCGUCCAACCCCUCUACGCCCUCGGAUCACAACAGCAUUAACGACGAAAAGCCGACGCCCUCUGACCAGCAGGAAAGGAAUGAAUCUGCCGAGGUCCAGAGCUCGUGUAAACCAGACCCACAAGUCCCCCCGCCGUUAUCUUCUACCGGCGAACCUAUCGUCGAUCCCAAGAGGGUCAAGAGGAUUUUAGCAAACCGGCAAUCUGCACAGAGGUCGCGAGUGAGGAAGCUACAAUACAUCUCCGAGCUCGAAAGGAGUGUAACAACAUUACAGACGGAAGUAUCAGCAUUGUCACCAAGAGUUGCAUUUCUAGACCAUCAACGCUUAGUUCUUAACGUGGACAACAGUGCUCUUAAGCAACGGAUCGCUGCUCUCGCUCAAGAUAAGAUUUUCAAAGACGCUCACCAAGAAGCACUGAAGAAGGAGAUAGAGAGACUAAGGCAAGUGUAUCAUAAUCAACAGAACCUAAAGAAGAUGGGCAAUAAUACUAGACCACCACCUCCUUCAGACAACCCUGGUCCUGGUGGUGGUACUGAGAAGGAACAGUUGCUGAACUGAGGAAGAAAGGGAGAAAGUGAGGAGUGUGGGUACUGAGGGGGGAGGUGGAAGGCUAUGAGGCUGUGGUGCAUUCUGCUAACCUGCGCAUUCACGUGAUGUGUCUUGCUUUUGUGUAGGUGGGUCCUUGACAAGGUUGGCGGGUAGGAAAAGGACACGUGGACUUUAUGGCUUCUUGAAUGUUAGGGAAAAGAUUGGGUGAGAAGAUUGUUUUACUUGGGUGGGUGUUUAGGGAGGGGUAGUGGCGGUGGUGGUGAUUCUUUUUGUAUUGUAUUUUCAUUAAAUUCUUUUUAUAAUUUUGUCUAAAUUGCUUGGAAAGGGGAGGGGGAGAGGCAAGAGAUGGUGGGAAGUGGGGUUCGUGUGUUGGGAUGCAUGAAAGACAAGAUUGUCAGGGCUCUUCAAUGUCUGAUUGUUGUACCCUUUUCGGUUUUUAUCUUCUUGGGGUGUAAUGAUGUUCUAUGCCUUCUUUUAUUUCUUCAAAAACAUGUAGAAAAAAACCCUUCAAUUGUGCUCAAUUUUACUCCGGAAUUCAUCUUGUUUUCCACUCA